GACACUCUUCUCUCCUAUUCUCCUUUCCUCUGGCGACUGAGAAGAAGCUCGACCAACACCCACGAAAACAGUCGUCGACCUCUCUGAUCAUAGCAGAUCGAGCUUGUAGAAUCGUCGUCUAUCUCUCCAAAAAGAGUCGUCCCCCCGUUUUUCGGUUUGUCUGCACCGAAAAGGUAAGAUUUCAUGACUGUGAUACAUGUAUGGACUCGAUUAGGGUUUUGUUUUUGGUUAUGUGAAAUGGUGUCUUCUCUCUCUUCUUCACUUUGUGAUUAGGGUUGAAAACCCCCUUUUGACUGCGAUCUGUUAUUAGUUGAGAUGAAUUGCAAACCCAUGUUAAGGAUUCGCUUUUGUUGGCUUCCAUGAAUGAGCUCGGCCUUUUAUUUUUUGGUUGUGGAAGAAGUGAAAUAUCAUUUUUAGGUGAUGAAAAAUGUUCCUGAUUAAAUAUUGAGAUAAUUAUUUUGUGUGAGUUUUGCUUGUUGAAUUUUUUUAAUUAUCAAUCUUUGGAAUUUUGAAAAGAAAUUAGGGGAUUUUCAUGUUAAGAUGAUGAGAGCAUUUAGCUUCAAAAUUAAAUUAUGUUUGUUAAUUGUUUUCAUUUUAUUACUUUUCUAAUUGUAAAUAUUCUGUUUGUCCUUUGAAGAGAAUUUAGUGAAUGAACAUGUUGAUAUUCGCCAAUUUGUUUGAAUUCUGUUUCCUGGAGUUCGUAUAGAAUAAACCCACAAUUUGGCCAUAUUGAUGGGUAUCUUUUUGUAAUUCUGGGCACUGUUCACAUCCUCAAAGUUUUUUAUCUCUUUCCUGAUUAAAGGCACCCAAACAAAAUGUUUUUCUUUUGUUUUUUACCUUUUUUAUUAUAUUAUGCUUCAUUGAGGUUGUGUCCCCAAGUCAGUUGCUAUUAGUUUGAACAUUGAAGAUUUAUUAGUUUUAACAUGGAUAGUUCAUUGGCCUUCAAAAAUACAUUCAAGAUUUAUUUUGUCCAUUUGUUUUUGUAUGUAAGAACAGAGGGAAGACAAUUGAUCAUUAGUGAGCUAUGGUCCUUUUAUUUAUUUUUUUCCCCUCUUUACACUCCCCUCCAAGAAACCAUGAUGAAUUGGGACCAGCAUUUGGGGAAGAGAAUGGGUUCGUUGAAUUAUCAGAGCCUAGUAUUAGGUGUUGGGAGGUUGUCAAGGGGUGUAUACUUUAAUGGAGGAGAUGUUUUGGAGUUGCAACCUUGCUGCUUGUGGGUGAAUAUCUGGAGAGGGGGAGAGAGUUUUUGUCAGUCAUCAUUUUUAUUUCUUAGUCAUUUUCCUAUUCUUGGAAGGAUAAUUUCUUGUAUGCAUGCUUGUUUCCUACUUAGAUGCUAUGGAAGGAUAAAAUCCAAGUUUUGGACACUUAAAAUUGUUAUGGAUACUUAGACGAGUUCGGUCUAGCUGAGAGUUUGUCCAAUUCAAGCUCAAAUUGAAAUGUAAAGGGAUCUAUUCAAGCCCAGUCUGAGCUUGACCUCUAGCCUGAAUUUUCUUGGCUGAGCCUGAGCAUGAGCUUGUCUCAAAAAUAAUUUGGGCUUGGCUCAAGCAGUCCAAAUACGAUGCAAAAUUUAUUCGAAAAUACAAAAGAUCCUCUCAAAAAAUACAUAAACGGAACAUACAUAAUAAGAAUUUGUUUUGAGUUAUAUGUACUAAGUAACAGAACAUAUUACAUUGCAAUAUAAUUGAAUCCAACAGUGAAAAAAAUCAAUAUUUUCUAUCUAUAUUUUAUGUUUAUUAUUAUUUAUAAUUUGGGUAGCGCUAAUGCCACGAAGUGCAAUGCUUGAUCAAGUCAGUUGAUUCUCCUGCUCUUUUCUUCUCUCCUACCCAACCCUAAAAACAGGGCAUUGACCGGUUAGAUCUUGACAACUCAUAUUUAACCAAUGCUCAAGCCCGUGGGCAUAUCACACUGUUGUUCCCCUUCAUAUAGCUUUCACUAUUUCAAUUAAAUAAAUGUACAUAUUUGUGCCAAUGUUUUAUAAAGAAAGUUUUUUGAGGCAACAAUACUAAGAUAGGUAUUAGGUAAGCUUUGAAGAACCAACUGAAAAUCUUGUCUGGUUGAAUUUAAUCUUUUAACUUUAUUAGUUCGUAAAUCUUUUGACUUUAUUAGUUAAUGUUCCUAAAAUUGUCAUUAUGUUAGAAACAUUUACUUCAAUCAAUACUUCAUGGUGCAAUGUAUUUACAAUUAGCUUCCCAAUGAGGAUUUGGAUUCAAUUGUUCCUAAUUAAUGCAGAGGCAUGUCAUUCUCUAGUAACUAUUAUUCUAGUGGUGAGAGCUUCGACUUGAGAUAUGAGGCUUUGAAAUGUGAUUGUGGGUUAAGAGCUGCCAUAAGGGUUACCCAGUCUGACAAGCCAUCUAAAGGGAAGAGAAAUUGUCAAUUUUGGAAGUGGUGUACCCCAAAAUCUGUGACGAUGGUAGAGAGGCUGAGGAACAAGAGAAUGAUUGAUCAAAAUCAACAUAUGGAGACUGUAGGACUAACAGUGAAGAACCAGAUGCUUGAGCAAUCCAAUGCUUUCAUGAAGCAGCUUGUUGUGGGUCUGCUCACGAUUUGUAUUGUUAUAAUGAGUACCCAAGAGGAAACACAACCUGAAAAUAGGAAAAACAAGGGAAAAUCAAGUCAGGUACCAUCCGUUAAAGCUCAUUGGGAUGCAAAAUCAAAUGAAAUUUUUAUUAAGCUUUGUGUUGAGCAAGUGAAGGUUGGACAUAGACCUGGUACACACUUAGAUAGGGUCAGGUGGGAAAAUGUGGUAACUAAGUUUAAAAGUAUGACUGGAAAAGCAUACCAACGAAUACAAAUGAAAAAUCAUUGGGAUGUGUUGAAAAAAGAUUGGCUUCUAUGGAAUAAUUGUUAAGAGGUGAGACAGGCUUAGACCGUGAUACAUUGAUUGGAGCUAUAUCUAUAUCUGAUGAGUGGUGGAACAAGAAAUUGGAGGUACGUUAAUUGCUUAACGUACAUAUUUUGUUUGUUUUAUCUCAAUUAAAUACACCAAAUUUUGUUACUUGACAUUGUUAAAUUUUCCUUUGUAAUUGUUGCAGAGGUAUCCUGAUGCUGCUAGAUUCCGAUGUAUGCCGUUGUAAUUCACUGAAGACUUAGACAUACUAUUCUCAGAUACAGCUGCUACAGGAGAAUGGGCAUACACUCCUAGCUCCGGGGUAAUGCCUCACACUGAUGAGACUCCGGAGAAAUUUCAUACCCCACAUGAUGCUGAAUUUCAUGAUGAUGCUGAUUUGGAGGUGGUUCAUCCU